CCAUAAUAAUGCUUUAGUAUCAAUAUUAAAAAUGGAGAUUGUGAACGAUAUUGUUGUUGUUUACGACAAAUCAUCAGAUACCAUAUUAUUUGUGACUGGACUUUACAAAAAUCAGAGUUUUGAUUCCAAUAAGAAAUCAACAUUCAAGGAUACAGCGCAAAAAAGUGCUGAGUUUGAAUUUGAGGAGAAGAAGCUGAAGUGUUUGAGUGUUUUAUAUCCACUGAAAUACUUUGUAGAAUUAACCUUGAAAUCAUGGAAGGAAUUGAUAAAACGGGAAGAUAUCAAUAGAGGAAAUGUAAGAAAAUUUGAAGAAUUGAAAAAUGUUCAUGAUGUAACAGGAAUUAUUAAAGCAUUCUUUCAAGAACUUAAAAAACCUUUGAUUCCAUGGAAAAUAGCUAGGAAUAUAGGAGCUCUGGCUUCGAUUGAAGAGAAAAAAGAAGAAUUUACUUCAGAACUCUCUGCAUUACCACUAGGAAAUACAAAAGAAAACAAGCUGGCGCUGGAGAUAAUUAUAAAUCAUGUUCUAACCGUGAUAAAGGAGAGUCAACACAACUUAAUGAACACCAAAUCCUUCUCAAUCAUUUUAGGUCAUAAUCUGACCAGGCCUACGAAGGACACAACUAACCCUGAAGAAGUAAUGCUGAACUCUGGAGUACAGAUUAAAACUGCUGAACAUAUUAUUCAGCACUUUAUGGAAACUGUUCAAGAAAACGAUGAAAUACAGAAUAAUUGUUAAAAAC